AAACCUCGGCCAAUGCCUUGAGUUUUACGCUUUUCCUCCUCUGCCAGAACCAGGAAUGUUACAACAAGUUACAACAAGAGGUGGAUGAAAAUGUUGGAGCUAUGUCAGUAAUCACCCUGAAUGAACUCGAGAAGUUGCUCUAUCUAGACAUGGUGUUGAAAGAGACACUCCGGCUUUAUCCCGUUGCUAAGACAACAUUUCGCGAAACAGUGAAGGACUACAUACUUGGUGGUCACUGUGUUCCUGCAGGCACCGACAUGAUGAUCAGUUUCUAUGCUACAUCUAGGGCAGAGCAAAAUGUGGCAAACCCAACAAAGUUUCUACCAGAACGAUUCGACAGAAACAGUCCAGAAAAGUUAAGGAGAUAUGUCUCUACCCCAUUUUCAGUUGGACCUCACAUAUGUAUUGGGAAAAAAUUUGCAGAGAUAGAGAUGAAAAUCAUGAUUGCGAAGAUUAUGCAGAAUUUUGAUUUUGAAUUGGUUCCCGGUCAAACUUUUGAAAUACAAGACAAUGCAACAAUACAGCCAAAAGAUGGCGUAAAGUGUUUCUUUCGCCGACGAAACAUCGAUAAUCAGCGACCACUGAAAGAGUGUGUAAAUUAAACAUUUAAACUGUAAUGGCAUGUGUAGACAGUUCCAAAAAUCCUUUUGGACUCUUUCACUUUUUAAAGAUGCGUACAUGUUCAUAAAUUACAAACUUUAAUCUUUUAGUCUUUGAUUUGUUACUUGCGAUAACCGCUUUUUACAUUCAGGUUUGUUUAACUUCUUAUCAAUUCGACAUUUAUUGCCUUUGAAUUUGUGGUAAAUUGCCUCAGAAUAUAUUGCGGAUA